AUGAAAAAAACAUUCUCCCUCUCUAAGCGGCUUAAGCAUGACGAUGCGGCUAGAGACAGCAAACCUGCAUACGAGAAAACCUACGAGGUCGAUAUGUCCGAGUUCCCCACUGACUUCGUGAGAAAUUUCGGCAUCAUCGCUCACAUAGACCACGGCAAGAGCACCUUAUCUGAUCGGCUCCUUGAAUUUACGGGGACCAUAGGGAAAAGCUCUGACAACAAGCAGGUUUUGGAUAAGCUGCAAGUAGAGCGAGAACGUGGAAUCACCGUCAAAGCUCAGAGCGCCUCGAUGAUAUACAAGAAGGACGGACAUGACUACCUGCUUAAUCUCAUCGAUACUCCGGGUCACGUCGAUUUCAGCUACGAAGUUCAACGGUCAUUGGUCGCUUGCCAGGGAGCAAUACUUCUGGUAGACGCGAACCGAGGCGUACAGGCCCAAACGGUAGCUAACUUCAACCUCGCCUUCUGCUCAGAGAUACAAAUCCUGCCUGUGCUGAAUAAAAUAGAUCUGAAGAACGCUAAAGUUGAAGAAACUUGCGCCCAAAUCAACAAUCUUUUCGGAUACGCACCAGAAGAAAUUCUGAAAGUUUCAGCAAAAGCCGGUACCGGUGUGCCUGAAUUGCUCGACGCAUUGAUAGAACGGAUACCUCCGCCCAGCGGGGAUCUUGAGGCUCCCUUCCGCGCUCUUCUCAUUGACUCUUGGUACGACAAGUAUCGGGGAGUCAUCAUUCUCAUCGUUGUCAAAGACGGAAGUCUCAAAAUCGGCGAUGAGUUCAUAAGCCACAAAACGAAGCAAAGUUUCACCGUCCGAGAAAUCGGUAUCAUGUUCCCCGGGGAAACUCCCGUCAAAGAAUUGUUCGCGGGUCAAAGCGGCUACGUCAUCGCAAGCUUCAAAGCAUCGGCAGAAGCGUUCAUAGGAGACACGCUGCAUUCCAAGGCGAUUCAACCGGAGAGUCUCGUGACGUUGCCAUCGGCAGAACGCUCGAAUCCAAUGGUUUUCGCAGGUGUCUAUCCCGAGGACCAGAGUCGAAACAGCGAGCUCAGGAGCGCUAUCGAACGUUUAGUUCUGAACGACAACUCUGUAAGAGUCAGCAUCGAAUCCAAUCCCGCUCUGGGUCAAGGCUGGAGACUUGGGUUCCUGGGCCUCUUGCACAUGGACGUGUUCUGUCAGCGCCUCGACCAAGAGUUCGAUGCACAAGUCGUAGUCACUUCCCCCAGUGUCUCUUACAAAGUCAAAAUAAAAGGCAAGAAGAACAUAAAGACCUUCGGCUCAGAAAUGCUAACGGUGAACAAUCCUGUACAACUACCGGACCCGCUUAUUGUGGAGGAAUACUACGAGCCAAUGGCAGAGGGCACAAUCAUAACACCAGCCCAAUAUAUGCAGGAAGUCGUCAGUCUCUGCGUGUCACGACGAGGGGAACAGAGAUCCGUCCAGAAUAUUGACCAAGACACGGUCUUGGUCCAAUUCAAAUUCCCUCUGAAUGAGAUCAUAGUGAAUUUCUUCGAUGAGUUGAAAACCAUCAGUUCCGGUUACGCAAGCUUCGACUACGAGGAAACAGGGUAUGAGCUGACAUCUCUGUGCAAGCUCAAUAUCGUCAUCAACGACAAAAUCUGCGAAGAGCUCACACAGAUCGUGCACACGAGUCGCGCUACGAAAACUGGACGUGCCAUGAUACUCAAAUUGAAAGAAAACAUACCGCAGCAGAUGUAUGCCGUUGCCCUGCAGGCGAAAGUCGGCGCCAAAGUUCUAGCUCGAGAGGAUUUGAAGGCACUAUCCAAGAACGUCACACAGAAGAUCAAAUCCGGGAGCGAUCAGACGAGGAAACAAAAAUUAAUCAGAGCCUACAAAGAAAAACAGAAGAGCGCCAGAAUGAUCGGAAACAUUCUGAUACCGAAGGAAGCCUUCAUGAAAGUUUUGAAGAACGAGAAAUAAAGAUUUCGAUAUCAGUA